AAUACCGUGUAUUACAGAGUUGUUGCAUUUUUCGCGCCUCAAUUUUUUCUUCCAACGGUCGAUCAUUUGUUUGGCAUCAAAAAUUUAAACUAACUAAUCAUGUCCUCAAUGCCUAUCGAUUCGGGUUGUGAUACGGAUAGUUUGGAAGAAGAAAAGCCAAAAUAUGAAACCUAUAAUUUCAAAUUUCUCCGUGCUGAUCUUGAAAAAAUCUAUGAAGAAAUUCUCCAAGAUGUUCCCAUUGAUUCCGUAUUUGAUUCAUUCUCAAAUUAUAUAACCAAUAAUAUAGAGCCAGUUGGAUGGAAAGCAAUCUGGAUCCCAUGGUCGGAUAAUUUUCGUCAUUCAAGCCGUUUUUUAGUUGAAGUCACAAAUGUUUUGGAAUCAAUGGAAGCUUCCGUUUUGAUUAUGAAACGAGUGUCGAACAAUAACAACAAUAAUGAAGAUGAUGAUGACGCAUUGGUGAAUGAGCUGAAUGAACUUGGUGAAAGAAAAGUACCCUUAAUCGAAUUAUUUGUCAUAUCUGACGAUGAUGAAGAUAAAUUAUUCUAUAAAACAGCUUUCAUUAUCGAGGUGAUUCGUUUCUUUUAUCUUAAUCUUUGGCGCCCAUGGGAUGAUGUUGAUGAUCAAUAUCAUGAUGAAAUAUUCUUAACUCAUAGAUUUAUUCCUCGUUUGAAUUUAGUUUUCGAUAUCAAAAAUAAUGUUAUUGAUAAAAAUAUCAUUUCUCGUUUUGAAAGUAUUAUUUCCGAAGCACAAUCGAUUAAGAAAUCAAUGGAUAAAUUGAAUUUGAUUUGCAAAAAAGAGCAAGAACUUCAACAGGAUGAAGAUUACUUCAAUGAUAUAAAUUCAGUAGAAUAUUGGAGAUUGACAAUAAAAUUGGAAAAAUAUCAACGUGCCAUGCGGUUUAUUGAAAAUCCUGAAUUACGCAACCUUUACGAAGAAUUUGUUUCUGAAGAAUUUGAUGAUCUCGAUAACGAAAGAGUUUUACAUCUUGUUUCAAACUCUGAUUUUGAAUCGUUGUCAAAAGCAGUUGCAAAAUUGGGCUUUUCUCUCACGGAAGAAAAAACAAAAACAAAAGUUAAAUUACAUGAUUCGUUUCCAAAAGCAUUGAGCCGUUCUAAAUCAGGUGAUAGCAUUUAUUUAUGUGCCGGAAAUCAUGUACAGAAAUUAUCUUGGAUUGAAAAAAAUCUAGAAAUCUAUGGUAUCGAACCAGAUGUGAAAAUUUGUUCAAGUCAUGAUUGUGGAGAUUUAUUCAUAUUUGUUAAUGUUCCUGGAACAUUGAAAAUAUCUAAUGUUACUAUCAAAGCCGUACAUCCGAUUGAUCAAUUGAUUUGUUUAAAAUCGGGACAUUUAAUACUCGAGGAUUGUGUUCUUGAUUUCAAUCAAUCGGUAAUGAAAAAAGAACCGAUACGAAAGUUGGAUGAUGCUCAAUUGACUCUGAUCAAUACGAAAAUCAUUGGUCAAUAAUAUAUGAUAAUGUUUUUCAUUUUUAUUAUAUGGCUUUUAUUUCCCUUUCAAAAAAUCUCAUUAUUUACAAAUAUUGCUUAAGUUUUCUCAUAAUGGCACAUUGUAACCGAAAAAAAUAAAAAUAAAAUUGUCUUAAAAAUAA